AUGCUGUCCUCCCAUGACUGUUGUGUCGCAGAUAAUCGCAGCUGUGCACGGUCGUUAGAUGCGAAUAUUGACUAAUACAGAAGUGUAAAGUGUGGACGUAUAGAUUCGAAGAAGAAACUUCGAAUGGGCCUAUGUGAGUGGCAAUGAAAUAGAGCAAAACUCCCAGAGGAAGUCCCUGCCAAUGUCGAAAAAGCCUCGAGACAGAGAACCUCAAUUCAAAACCAGUGUUUUCAGACACGGAGACGAUCUGAUCGUGACGCCGUUUGCACAGCUGCUGGCGAGUCUCCGCAACGUCCGCUCCAACCUCAUCUCCAUCACCAACAUACAGGUCACCUUCUUUACAUUUAUUUCAGUUAACGUGCUAUUAUUUCCUAGUCUAUUAUUCAUAGUUGCUUUCACUUCGAAUUCAAGCUCAGUUCUAGGCAAUUUAUUAUUCAGGUAAGAUUCUUAUCAUAUAUGUAUUAGUUUUUAGAUAAGAGAUUGAAGUUUUUCAAACAAUUCAGUAAAGCGUUUCAUUCUAAUAAAUGUAACGGGCGCCUCAUGAAAUACAAAGACUCAGGAACGAUUAAGUUCUCUUAUUCAAACUUUUUUUUUCUGUUGCCGAUUUCAAAUUCACGUGUUGAUUCGAAUUAAUUUUAUUUUAUAAGGCAUUGAAAAAAAGCUGGAAACUUUGAAAUGAGCCGUUCGAAGAAAAGUCAGUCAAUCCAUAAAUGAAAUCAGCUUGAUAUACAUUUUCAAGUUCCUUCGAGCCUAAAAUCUACUUGUUUUCAAGCUUUUACCAUUUAAAGUUUUGUUAUCAAACUUAUAAAUAGCUUCUUGGUAGAGGAAAAACAUUUUCUCUAGGUAAUUUGACCAAAAAGAAAAUUUCGUAGGAUCUUGCUUGUUUUCUAUUUUUCUUGUUUUGCAGCUUCGCCUAGCCUAAACGAAGCAUUUAUUGGGAUACCUUUGAAGUAUUUCCUUCAAAAAAAAAACCUUCUCUCAUACACCUUAAUUGCUUUUUAUAUUUUUUCAAGUCGUUUCUUUUUCGAAACAAGACUCUUUCUGAAAAGGCAAGAUCUAGUAACUUGGUGUUGAUUUAUUGUAUUUUUUAUGUUCGAAUUCGAUUUUUUUUUUCUUUGAACUUCGAUGUAAUUCUAUUUUAUUCAUUUUUUUCAGUUCUCAUGUUUAUGAGAUGGAAAAAAAGUACAUACAUAAUUAUACAUAAUUCACAUAAUUCACAGUCGCAAUCCACAAAUCUUCCGCUGACGAAAUGCGAAAUAAUGUUAUGCAUAGGGAAAGAAAACGGUGUUUUCGUGAAGGACCCACCUAAAAAAAGCUUUUGCAAGAAAAAAUAAGUGAUAUACCUGAGAAAAAUUUGAAAAAAUGAAGGUUUUCUCAAAAUGCUUCCAUAUAUUUCUGUUAAUUUCUUUGAUCUUAAAAAAAAAAGUAAAAUCUAAAAUUACGCUCGUUGACGUUGUGAUAUAUGUGUUUAGGGCGCAAAACUCGCAUUACCUGAGGGUAGACUCUAACUUCUGCCUUUAACUUUAUUGAGUUUCUCUGUGCCUCUUUCUGAUACUCCAGCUGGACUUUCGAUAGGUUAUCAGUUCACAAAACCCCCUUUUCGCUUUGAUGUAAAGUCUCAAUUUCGUUCUACUGUCACAUGUCGAUAAAGUCAGAUUUUCCUAUUUUUAAUUCACUUUCUCGUUUUUAUUGUAGUUCUGUGAUGAUCAGGACGAAAAGCGAUCAGAGGGUACAGAUAGGUUAGCCAAAUGAUGACGAAUCGGAUUCACCAAAUGCUCUUUUUUCAAAGUAAAGACGUGGGAAGAAAAUGUUGGGAGUUCAGAACUGCGACGACGGACGACACGCGAGCCGAUCGACGAAAAGAGCCCCGCUGCACAGUACGUCUCUGCCGGAUAAUGUGGUGCAGUGCGCUCACGAGACCCUCGGUUCGUCUUUUCCCGAUGAGUCGCAGCAACAAGAAAACAAAAGAAGCUUCUCUCCUGGGCCAUUUUGUUAUUGAGGCUGUACAAAGGUCCGAGAGCCACACAAAUCGUCUUGCCUUACUCUUUUGCCAUCUGGCUGAACGUUAAUCUUGUUGGGCUGGCAGGCGCUUUGCUCGAGGCGUUUCUGGCCGGGUAAUUGCCCUAGUGGCCAACCUUGUUUCGUCAACGUGAUUCGGCACUACAAGUGCUAGUUCACUUUUUUGCCGAACAAAUCAUCUUGAAAACUUAAGUAUUGUAGAUUAUUAGAUUCCUUGUGAACGCUAACGAACUCAACAAACUUACAAAUGGAGGAGUUUUAAUCAAUAAUGGAUUGAUUGAGCAGUAACUUUUUGAAAUUUAGUUGGCCUCACAACGAAAUUCAAAUUUUUCCAGGUUAACAAUAGAAGGGUUUUUUUUUUCGUUUCGUUUGGAUAGUUUUUAUCUGCACAACUUUCUAAUUUCAAAAGAAGAAGGACCCACUCAGCCAUUUUUUCAUGAUUUUCCUCAUUUCUAAGGCGUUCGUUUUCGGAAAUUAGGAAGUUGUGCAAAAUGGGAUCUUCGUUAUAUACUUUUUCAUAUCAAAGAGUGUUCUGGCCAACGUUCAGAAAACUCUAGAAUUCAAAUUAAAAUGACUUUCAUUACAAUUUUAGAAAAAAAAGACUUUUAUUGUUUUAAACAUUUAAACAACUUAUUUUUAUGGGAGACAAGCAGAAGGAAAAUUUUGCGUCGCCAGAAAUUGAAAAGGUUUAAAAAAAGUCAAGUUUUUAAAGGCGCUGGAGAAGGGCUGAACGUGGUUGCCGCAGACUAUCGGUCGCUUUUGAAAAGAAAACUACGCAUGGGGUCACCUAUUAUGAGGCUCUUUGUUUUUGAACCAACGUCAGACAUUCUUUUUUAUCUGGUUUCAUCCUCUGAGGACCGGAUUUGAAGGCUGGGAAAGGGCUCAAACGCUCCAUUUGAAUGUUUUCCGUUUCCCCGGAAUCAGUCACCAAAAUUUUUAAAAUUUUUUUGAAAGUCUGUUUCUCUUCUAGUUUUGACCCAAAGAACUCGGAAAAGGUUUAUUUUUUGUUUCUUUUCAAUGGCUUCUUUUUGAAAAUUAACAAAGUUGGGCAGUUUUCAGAAGAACUCGAUUGGUGUCUCGACCAGCUGGAAACCAUUCAGACACACCGUUCUGUGUCGGAAAUGGCGAGUAGCAAGGUUUGUUUUUUUUUUCCUCUCUAAUUCUCUAUUCCUCCAGCUUCUUACUGUAUUUGCAUCUUUUUUCCGUCCUCAUCAUCAAACUCUUUUUCUUUGCUAAAAAUACGGUGGCCUCCAGAUCGAGCAGCUCGAAUGUAAGAAAUUCGCAUACUCAUCAUUUGCUAUACUUUUCAUAUACUCUGUUUUGAGCAAGUUAUAGAAUGUUAACAUUUACAUGGGUUACUUUUUUUUAUCUACUUAUAGUUUCGAAAUUUUCAAUAAAUAAUAAAUCAAGUACAUUUUUUGGUUUUCGAAAAAAUGAAUCAAAAAUUGCGGAGAUGUUAGUAGAUGUUUUCUCUUGUUUUUGUCAAAAGAGCAAAUCGAAAAUCCUUCAAAACUUCAAAUGGUCGCAAGGCGUCUUUCUUUCUCUUUCUGAGUGAAAAGCUUUUCGAACUCGACGCUUUUUGAGGGACUUUUUCUGUUUUUCAUUUUCUCUGAAGACGCAGGUGCGUGUAACGACUCCUGCAACUUCCAAACGUUUUGUUAAUCAGAAGAAAAAGGAAAGAAAAAUUCCAAAAUCUUAAGAAACUUUUUUAUUUUCGAAUCAAGACUACGAACAACUUUUUCCAAUCAGAUUUUAUGGAUAUGUUUCUUAAACGGAACGUUUUCAUUUUGUUUGAAAAAAAUAUUUUUUUCAGAAUAAUAAGUGGGUCGAUUUUAUUUUCAUUUUAUUUUCCGUUUUACCUCAGAUUUGAGUUUUUUUUUAGUCGUAUCACUUUUUCCUAGAACCAAAUUUCACGCCGCUUUUUGAAUUCUCUGAGAUUGAAAAUUUUUGAAGACACACUUUUCAAGUAGUUUCUCUGUACCUUUCCAGCGGCUAACAGUUUUCAUGUUGUUCUUCAAUUGUUGCAAUGCGAUUGCAUAGCAACAGAAAAAGAUGGCUACUCAAGUUGAAUUGUUUGCCUUUUCCAUUUCUCCCACGGGUUCUGAGGGCUUUAAAAGUUCAAUGACAUUGAAACCGGUUUCGAAAUGACCGGAAGUUGUGUAGAACUUUGCUUCGCUGCUUUUUUGUUAUAGUUAGGAAGAUUGUGAACGGCGCAGUUGGUUUUAAGUUCUAUUUACUGAGAACAAAGUAAAAAAAAGUUCUCUAAUGGUUAUGUUGAAACUGGUUAGACAAUACAAUUGGCCUAUUCGAAAUGACGAUAAUUUUUUUUUAGCAAAAGUUGAUUAUGAUGUUUGAACUAACUUGUGUUUUGUGGUGGUGGAUUCCAAGCGCGGCAGAAGCCGAAGAAAAGAAGACGUUGAACGACUUCCGGUGAUAGACGACGUCGUUGGUAACGUAUCAUCACGUCUUCUGUAGGAGGAGAGGCGCAGACGGCGCGCGCACCCGCCGCUCUAGAUGUCGUGACAGCUGCAGCAUAAUUUCUUUUCUUUUUUCUAAACUUUGUGCGUUUCUUCGGAGCCGUGGUUUUUGACGCGGCGAGGUGUUCGAGGCACUUGAGCAAUAAAGAGUUUAUCGGAAAUCUCCACACUAAUGUUGCUUUCUUCAAGAGAAGUCUUCUCUCAAUGCCCAGAAUAAAUGGUUGGGGUCUGAAAAAAGCUUUUCAAUGCUUUGAAAUUGGUUCAUUCUUACCUCUAGAUAAUAAAAAAUGAAGGUUAAUCAAGAUUCUUUCCAGCUUCUUUUCACCUGUGAUUUUUGUCUGCAAAAAACAGAAGGUCUGGAAUUUUAGGUUAAACUUAAUGAGAAAACCCAGGCUGUCUCUAUUUUUCUAUUAAGUUAUUAUUUGAUUCAAAAUCAUAUUUUUCCUAACCUGCCUCAAGAUGGGCUAAGGUCUACGCAGAAUUCGUGUUUUUGAGUUGAUUUACUGCCAUUUGUGUGUUUCGUCAAACCUACUUCAUAGGGUCUUAUUCUAAUUCGACGUCGCUCCACAACUUCGAUUUGUUUUUGGCCUCCAAACCGGCGACUUCCGGCGCGCCUCGGAACGUUCACGUGUCUUUAAGUGACCACUUUCUAUCCUAAUUUGCAGACGUAGAGGAGAACCGAAUAACGAAAAAUUGUUAGAUUUCAAAGAAGCCAUCAAAUUUGAAAAAAAAAAUCUGAUUACUUCUUCCUUUAUUUCCCCUGUUCAAGUUUUGAGACAUUAAGUCUAUGAACACUCUAGAAUGAAACUUUUUUUCAGUUCCGCAAAAUGCUCAACAAAGAACUGUCGCACUUUGCCGAAUCUUCCAAGUCGGGAACCCAGGUCUCCAAAUUCCUCAUCACCACCUACAUGGACAAGGAGGAGGACGAGCCGAGCAUCGAAAUCGAGGUCCCCGGAGAGGUUUUCUUUUUAUAAAUUAAUUGAAAUUUAAGUUUUUUUAUAGUUUUUUUCUAUCGAAAAAUAGAUUUUCAUUUUGAAUAACUUUAAAUUCCGAAGAAACAGGAUUUCAUGAACGAGGAAAUGAGCGCUCAACAGUUUUUUUGGUUCAAAAAAGUUUUUAUUUACUGUGAUCAGAUUCUAGUUCACCAGCAAGUCUUCGCUUUCCACCAUUAAAUGCAAUUUUUCGAACAUUUUGUCAAUCCUUACAAAUUGAAAAGUGUUUCUUCUGCGCAAUUCAAAACUUUUUCAUAAAAGUACAAUUUUUCCCAUUAUUAAAAAGAAGCGUAUUUCUAUUACUUUUUCGAUUUCACCCAGAGUUUUUUUUUCCGAUCUAUUCGCUUUAUUCCCCUUUUUGAUCGGGAAUCGAAUAAUGAGAAUGCACGAUUGAGCAAAGAAAAAACGCUUUAUGGUGUAUUUUUCGAGAAAAAAAACAGCUCCAAAUGACGCCGGCUGCAUAUUUUUGCCUGAUUUGGUCAUUGGCGCUUUUUAGUUAUUACGGAGAAGCAAAACAAUGCGGUCUCUCAUGUUCUGAGGAUAAUAUUUUCCCGACUUUACAAGGUUUUAACGAGUUAUGUCGCUUUGUUAUGACUUUAAGGUGCAAUUUUUUUUCCUGUAUUUUUUUUUUUGAGUUUUUUCUAAUAAAGAACGCCAGUUUUGUUUGAAGGGAAAACAAUCGAAUUUCAUAAAAACAUUUUAGAACUGCAAACCAAUGAAAAAAACUUUUUUCGUUUUCAAGAUUCCUGUGAAUAUACGAAUAAUUAUAAAAAAAUUGGGUAAAUGAUGGUUUCAUUCGAAUUUUGAUUUUUUUUUUUUGUCUGCAGGGGCCAUCGACUUCGUCGCCGCAAAUGACGGUGUCGCUGUUGAAGAAGGCGCAAACGGCCGCCAUGAACAGAAUUUCCGGUGUUCGAAAACUGCGAGCUCCCAGCCACGAAGGUCAUCUGCCAGAAUACGGCGUCAACUGUGCCAAGGAAAUUGCCGUUUACAUGCAGCGGGUGCCUUUUUCUUUCCGGUUGCGUCGAAUUCACAUGCUACCGCUAAAAGACAAACCAAGCACUCUUUUCCGGGCUUUUGGGAUUUCAUCUCCUUUUUAUUUGAUUUAGACUCUUUCUCUUUUUGAAGAAGGAAACUUCUCUAUAACGUUUCUAAAAAGUUUCCAAGACCGUGAAUGUUUUUUCGAGUUCUUGGACUUGAGAAACUUAGAAGGGAACAGAUUUUUUGCUUUCAGAUAGAUGACUGGGGACCCGACGUUUUCAAAAUCGACGAACUUUCCAAGAACCAUUCCCUGACGGUCAUCACUUACACACUGUUACGCAAAAGAGGGCUUAUCAAGGUUCGUUGGAACUUUUUCUCAAGAUUCAACUGUUUUAGUCAUUAAUUUUCAAAGGUUGAGUUGGCUUUUAAAAAAACUUAAUUUUUCCAUUUUGUCCAGAUCACGGGUCUCGAAGUACACCAUUUCUUAAAGAAAAAAACUAGAAUUUUAGGUUUUUUUUUUGUUUUUUUUUUCACGUUUGGAAACAGCUGAAAGCUCUAACUUUUGCACGUCCCCAGAAACUUUCAAUCUCUCCCAUGAUCCGGAGAAUUACAUACUAGGGAUUUUUUUCUAUUUAGAAUUCUGAAAUUCUCUAAAUGGAAGUUUUUUCAGGCGUUCGAAAUCCCUUCAUCUGUGCUGGUGACGUACCUCCUGAACCUGGAGCACCACUAUCGCAACAACCAUUACCACAACAUGGUGCACGCCGCCGACGUCGCCCAGUCGAUGCACGUUCUACUGACGUCACCAGUUCUGGCGGUUCGCGAACUCGGUCUUCCGUCAUUCAUUUCCCUCUACCUCAGGAAGUCUUCACGGACCUCGAAGUUUUGGCCGCCAUCUUCGCCGGCGCCAUUCACGAUGUCGACCACCCCGGCUACACCAACCAAUACCUCAUCAACUCCAGUCAGCUCAUUUUUAAUUUUUUUUUGGCCUCGAUGGCUCACUUCUUGAAUAGAUACGUAUACAGGUGAGUGGGACAGAUACGAACCUCAUGGGCCAGUUGAAAAGACGAAAAAAAUGCGGCGGAGAACUGCUAUUUUGUUUGAGAGAAAACAGGCGAGAUGAAUGAUUUUUAUUUUUUCAAAAAUAAAAAUUAGAUAAAAAAAAAACCCCCCAAUUGAAGAUUAAAAAGAAUUUACAAAUCUGAUCAUUAAGUUUGCAAGUUCAUAAUUUUUUAUCCUCUCCAUUUUCUUCAAAAACUAUAAGGCACUGGGUAAAAAUGGGACCUAGAAAAUUCGUAGUUUCAAUGGUAUUUGAGCAAAUGUGUGAAAAUCUAUGACCUCCCAAAUAAAAUGUCCCAUUUUGAAAUAGCAAAAGGAGUAUUGACUGUUUUGAGAGAAUUUAGUAAAUGCUCCGACCUUUUUCCUGCUGUUUAACGUUCUCACACGGAAUGCACCAUGGAGAACUUUGCGUUGUUUCAGACAACGAGCUGGCGAUCAUGUACAACGACGAGUCGGUGCUGGAACAGCACCAUUUGGCGGUCGCGUUCAAACUUCUGCAGGAUUCCAACUGCGACUUCCUCGUAGGCCUCAGUCGGAAGCAGAGGCUACAGUUCAGGAAGAUCGUCAUAGACAUGGUGAGUCGGAUUCGACCUCGAUCAGCUUGUCUGUCUGCAAAAGACACGUCAACGUCACUCAACGGACCACUUUGAGAUCAACCGGAAGCGGUCAAUCAACCUUUAGACCUGUCUCUUUUGUAUUUUAUGUGUAAUUAGCGUUGUCGCUUUUGACAUGCUAGAACGGGAAUCGCAGCGACAGUUCUGUUCGCCCACGCAGUCAGUACAGUACGCCUGUCAUAGCUGGUUUUUCGAUCUUCUCUGGUUAUUAACUUAACAUUUAUCUCGGUAUCGAAAUUGUCAUUUAAAGUAAUCGGCCAUUUCAUAUCGAUUUAUGGCAGCUUUCGUCUAAUAUUGUCGAAGUCUAGUGUAUCUUGGGGCUUAACGGCGAAAAAAACUGUUGCUCAAGCUGAAGCAUUUUUUGUUUUUUCUGAUAUUUACCCUUCCAUUUUUUUUUUUGCAAAGAUAAGUUUUUUCCAGGUUUUGGCAACCGACAUGUCGAAACACAUGUCUCUGCUCGCUGAUCUCAAGACAAUGGUCGAAGCGAAAAAAGUGGCUGGCAACAAUAUAAUCGUUCUCGACAAGUACAACGACAAGAUCCAGGUAGGCUCGUGCCAAUUUCAAAUUUCGGGUUUUUUCACAAGCUGGAUGCGGUCUUGUUUUACGUAUAUCAAAAUUUUCAUUUUUCAGCAUCAAAAUUUGACUGUUUGUUAGUUUUUCGAGGGAAGAAAAAAAAUCCCACUUAUUUGUAAAAUAACUGAUACUGACAUGAAAGAAAAAGUUUCAUGCUAGCGAAAAAAUACCUUUCGACGUGUCCACUCCAGGGAUUUUUCAAGACUUUAGACUCCCACUUUUUAUUUAAAAAAAGUUUUUUUCAAUUUUUCAAAUGAAUAAAAAAAUAAAAAAAUAAAAAAACUCUAUUCUCGGAAAGAAAGGCAAUCUUCGGACCUUAACUCAAUGCGAUCACAGUUCUAGGAUUUUUUUUUUGAGCUUUCAUUCCAGAUCUUUUUUUUCUAUGCAAGAAGCGAUCAAGUAGUUCGAUAAUGAAUAGUUUAAGGUGUUUUUAAAAUCGAAUUUUUUAUCUAGACAUGAAUAAUUCAAUUGGGUCUCUGCUUCCUUUCUCAACCAGAGAGUUUGCAGGUGUUGCAAUCGAUGAUCCACCUGGCGGAUCUUUCGAAUCCGACGAAGCCAAUCGACCUUUACCAACAGUGGAACCAACGUAUCAUGGAGGAAUACUGGAGGCAGGGCGACAAAGAGAAAGAAUUGGGACUUGAGAUCUCGCCCAUGUGCGACAGAGGCAACGUCACGAUCGAAAAGUCGCAGGUCCAGCUCUAUUUUCUAACUUGCACAGCUCACCUCCUCGUUUUCAGGUCGGUUUCAUCGACUACAUCGUGCAUCCGCUUUACGAAACUUGGGCCGAUCUGGUGUACCCCGACGCACAGAACAUCUUGGAUCAGCUCGAAGAGAACCGCGAGUGGUAUCAGUCGAGGAUUCCGGAGGAGCCGGAGUCUGCACGAGAAGCCGGAGCGCAGCCUUCGGAAUAA